GGCCAGGAAGGUGGAGCGAGGAGGGUCUGUGAGGUUAGGUUCAGCAUCACCUCCCUCACUGAAUUCAGCAUGGGAGAGAAGUCAGAGAACUGUAGGGUUCCAGAGGAUCUGUUCAAUGGUUUGAAGGUAACAGAUACCCAGGAAACAGAGUGUGCUGGCCGUCCAGUUCCUGAUCCCAAAGAUCAGCAUUCCCAGAACAAGCUGCUUAGGGAUGAUGAGGCCCGUUCCCAGGAGGACCAGGAAGAAGAGGAGUGUUUUCAUGACUGCAGUGCUUCAUUUGAGGAGGAGCCAGGGGUGGACAAGGUUGAGAAGAAACCUGAUGAUGAUGUGAAUUCCUCUGAACUAGAUGAAGAGUACCUAAUAGAACUGGAAAAAAACAUGCCAGAAGAAGAGAAACAGAAAAGAAGAGAAGAGAGCACUAAACUAAAGGAGGAGGGAAAUGAGCAGUUUAAGAAAGGAGAUUAUAUAGAAGCUGAAAGUUCUUACAGUCGAGCCCUGGAGAUUUGCCCGUCCUGCUUCCAAAAAGACAGAUCUAUUCUGUUUUCAAAUAGAGCUGCUGCAAGGAUGAAACAGGACAAGAAAGAGAUGGCCAUCAAAGACUGCAGCAAAGGUACAACUUUUUUUGUCUUACUACAUAGAUUACCUAAGCAAAUUGAAGAACGUAAUGAAAGACUGAAAGAAGAAAUGUUAGGUAAACUAAAAGAUCUUGGGAACUUGGUUCUCCGACCUUUUGGACUCUCCACAGAAAAUUUCCAGAUCAAACAGGAUUCCUCUACCGGCUCCUACUCCAUCAAUUUUGUUCAAAAUCCAAAUAAUAACAGAUAACAAAGAUAACAGUAGCUUUAACAGCUGACUUGGAAAUUGUGUGCUGCUUGCUGUUAGCGAGGGGAAGGCCCUGCAAAUAUUUAACUUCAAAAGCAUCUCAUCUAAAGAAAGGCUGUCCAGUAGAGCCCAGUGCUCCCUUUCCCUCUUGUUUUAUGAUCAGGGUAAAGUAUACUUCCUGAUAAAGUGAGUCUAAUUUGAUUUCCAUUUGAAGGUGGUGUCUGUGGCAGUUGUGCCUGGUUCUGGGUGUCUUUUGUCCAGGAAGAAGCCCGCUUUCAAGGCUGACCUUGCUGAGCCACACAGACACACCAGCCAGGCAAAAGCCUCUCCUGAAGCCAGCAAACCUGUUGGUUGGGAGAUCGCCCAGACGUGAUGGACGAUGACACAGGGUUCCUGCCUGCUGUCCCCUUCCCUGAUCACACACGCUCAGGAGGCUGCUGUACGUGACCUCUUACAUUUCCUGAUUUCCCAUUUCCCCUGUGGUAAUAAAAGCUUUCUGUG